CUCGUUGUCCAUUGUCAAGGAUAAUCGCCACACCCAUGUUUGCUUUUGCUCCUUUGCUCCCUCAUCCGCACUCCCAUGGUUCAGCCGACGCCUCAGGCCCCCUCGGCCCAGACAAAUACAGUACAUGCACCUGUACCUACUAGCCCAACCCAGGAAAUGAACACGACCAAUCUCGGAUUUGUCUCGGUUUCUGCUCACGCAUCCAUCGAGAUGCCCCAUCCCGGAAUCCCCUCCAACACAGACGAGCAGAAACACCCUUCUCGCGUACAGGUAAACACCGCAUGCGGGCGGGCUUGUCAAUUGGUAGAGCCGACGCCAACGUCUCUUCAGCACGCCUAUCAAUAUACACCCUCCUGGCAAGCAUGGCACCAAGACAGAUCCCUGGAUAGUACUUAUCCUCUUGUUGAGAUUGGCACUUGUACAACGAAAGCGAGGCAGGCCAAGAUUUCUAUUUCGCCAGGAAGCUGUACCAGCCUUGUCCCUGAUCCUCAUCCCUUCAUGCACCUCAAAGGCAGCUAGCGGGAUUGCCCGUCCACUUUGCAUCUUCCAUGACUGCUACCUUCGCCAUGCUUCUUCUCCAAUCGGAACGCGAGCACCGGCCCAACCUCAUAAUCUCCAAAUGGCCUGACCGUCCUCAUGAUCGAGCAAAAAAUAAACAAACCGGAUCGCGCUAUGGUAGAGUGCAUGGCCGUCACCAACAACAGCGAAUAGCAUAAACCUGUCCAUGUUUCUUUGCUUUUUCUUCGCAUGCCAGUUGUUGUUUGCGUCACGGUAUGAGGUACCGUUUACCUGCAGCAGUUCCCUCUUUUGUUUUCCUUUCUUUUCCACCCCUCUUUUUGUCUUCGGCACUCCUUUCGGGCCAAAGGCACGCCCCACUUUCUACACU